AUGAAGUGUCCGCUGUGUGAGAAAUCUCACGAUCUUGAAGAGUGUAAAGACUUCGUAAAGAAAACCCUSGAAGAAAGGAAGAAAUUUAUAGCAGAAAAACACCUGUGCUUUGCCUGCUACGGAACCAACCACCGGUCUAAAGGCUGUACCAACAAGAAAAUCUGCAGAACAUGCAACAAACCACAUCCAACGUCACUCCACGUAGAUAACUUCAAUCCCAAAGAACAACAGAAAUCCAAGGAUGAAAGUAAGUCAGUUUCUACGUCCAUCGGUAGUACGUGUACUGACACGAAAGAAACUGAAAAUAGUCUAUCAACCACCACGCAGAAUGUCAUCCUGCAUGCCAUUCUACCCGUUAUCGUCCGGGCCGAGAACGGAAAUAUUGCUAAGACAUACGUACUUUACGAUAAUGGAAGUUCGGGCAGCUUCAUUACCGAAGAACUAAAGGAACAGUUAGCGAUAAAGGGAAUCGACACAAGGCUACAACUUGGAACUAUGCACGGUUACAGUUCGGUCAAGAGCUCUAUCGUUGAAGGACUGACUGUAAGUGAUCUGAAAGGUAACAACCCUGUCAAACUGGCUCGUUGUUACACGCGACAAGAAAUUCCAGUUAAUCAGCAGCAAAUCCCUACUCCCGAAGUAGUUAGCCGAUUCCAGAACCUUCGUCAGAUAGCAAGUAACAUACCUGAACUAGUGACAGACCUCGAGGUUGGUCUUCUACUCGGAAGCGACUGCCCUCUGGCGCUCGAACCCCUAGAAGUAGUUCCAGGCGGAGGAAGCGGGCCUUUCGCCAUGCGCCUUCGACACGGAUGGACGGUGAACGGUCCACUGCAAGUUGACCCGCAGUCCUCCCGCCUUUUCAAUAGCAACAGAAUAACAGUGAAAGAAGUGGAGCCCAUCAAGGAAGUCAUGACUCCCCAGUCUGUUUUAACCAUGUUUGAACUUGACUUCAACGACCGUUCGAAGAACUCGGACAGUUAUGGUUUGUCAYAAGAAGAUAAAGCAUUUCUUGAAACGGUAUCUCAAGGCAUUCAACACGUCAACGGGCAUUACGAGCUUCCACUACCCUUUAGAAAUCCGGACGUGUCUUUACCGAAUAACAGGCAUCAAGCGGUUAAAAGAGCUGAAUGGCAGAAGAAGAAGAUGCUGAGAGAUAAGAAGUACCAUGAAGACUACAUUAAUUUCAUAAACGAURCCAUCAGCAAAGGWUACGCAAAGAAAGUUCCCGACGAUAAGCUUACCGCGAGUCAAGGAAAGGUGUGGUACAUCCCCCACCACGGGGUGUACCACCCAAGAAAAGCAAACAAAAUGCGGGUUGUGUUUGACUGUAGCGCGAAGUUCGAAGGAAUUUCGCUGAACGAUAUGUUAUUACAAGGACCGAAUCUUACCAAUUCGUUGGUAGGCGUUCUUACUCGCUUUAGACAGGAACCCAUCGCUUUUGUGGCGGACAUAGAGGCAAUGUUUUGUCAGGUCCACGUGCCAGAGAGUCAACACGACUUUCUAAGAUUUCUCUGGUGGCCGAACGGCGACCUGAGUGCAGACCUCAAAGAGUAUCAAAUGACAGUUCAUCUGUUCGGGGCAGUCUCAUCUCCGAGCUGCGCUAAUUUUGCCUUGAAACGAGUGUGCGAAGAUAAUACGUCGGAGUUCAGCCCUCAAGCACUGAACACAAUAGAGAACAAUUUCUACGUAGACGACUGCCUACGAUCGGCCAAAGACACAGCAUCCGCCAUUAAGCUCGUGAAGGACGUAAGUCAAGCCUGUGCUAGAGGAGGUUUCCAUCUCACAAAGUUUACCUGUAACGAUCGUGCUGUCAUGGAAUCAAUUCCACAAGAAGAACGCUCUAAAGAAACGAAGUCACUUGAUUUGAAGCACGACAACUUGCCGAUGGAACACGCACUAGGUGUGCAGUGGUGCGUCGAAUCGGACGCCCUUAAAUUCCGCAUAAUCAUCAGUGAUAAGCCACUGACAAGAAGAGGUAUCCUUUCAACGAUUUCAUCGCUGUACGACCCUCUCGGAAUCGUCGCCCCAUUUACACUGAUAGCGAAGAAGCUGCUUCAAGAACUUUGUAGCGAUAAAACUAUCGGAUGGGACAACGAAAUACCAGAAGAGUAUCUAGCAAGAUGGGAAAAGUGGAGAAGAGAACUACCCCUGCUUGAGAAGCUAAGCGUCAAUCGAUGCCUGACGCCUCCUGGGUUUGAAAGAGUCAUCUCACAACAAGUGCACGUCUUUUCAGACGCGAGCUCGACGGGGUAUGGAGCUGUUGCAUACCUUCGCCAACGAGACGAAGAAGGCCGCAUCCACUGCGCAUUCCUUCUUGGGAAGGCUCGGGUCGCACCCGUCAAGACAACUGCCAUACCGCGUCUUGAGUUAACUGCAGCCACAGU